UGUAACUGCGUAAAACCGUAGAGGCAAAUCUAAUAGCACACAAUUUUCCAAGUAGUGAGGUGCGUGCACAGCAGUAUUUCAAGCGAUUGGUGACAACUUAAAGUGCUAAUGUGUGAUGUUCAUUGGUGACAAAGUCACAGCGCUGCGAACACGACACUCAUAAGGAAAAGAUAAAUAUCACUUAAAGGUUAGUGAAAGUCAAGAUGUUUCCCACCGAGAUUCAUGGACUCCCCGAAUGGUGCGCACAGACCCUCCGGGGUGCGUGGCCAGGGGCAUGGUUAAGACCCCCUGCAAGGGCACGGGUUGGGAGAAGUGCACGGAGGGAAAGGCAGAGGCGCCUUCCGGUCCGGCGCUGGGGCGCAGAGGGGUGACCCGCGCGGCCCCUCCCCUGCCUUCCUCUUCGGCAUCCCCUCUGGAGGAAGUCGAAGCCCCGCGCAGCGCGGCGGUGGAGAGGAGCUCCCAGCUCCCAGUGUGCGCUCCCGCGCGGCCAGCGCUCACCAUGCGGCCGCUCGUCCUGCUGUGGGCCUGCCUCGUGCUCCCAGGUUACGGAACCCUGGUGGGCCCGAAGGAGAUCAGUGGAUUCGUAGGUGACACCGUGUCCCUGCAGUGCACCUACGGGGAGGCGCUGAAGACGCACAGGAAAUACUGGUGCAGGAAGAUCGGGUACCUCAUCGCCCGCUGCUCAGGGACUGUUUUCUCAGGAGAAUAUGGCCAGGAAGGCAGGGUGUCCGUCCACGACAGCCCCUGGGAGCUCAGGUUCAAGGUGAUCCUGAGGAACCUCACCCUGGAGGACGAGGGGCAAUACUUCUGCGGGAUCCAAAGGCUGGGCCUCGAUGAUAGUUUCUCGGUCUCUCUGCACGUCUUCCCAGCUUCUCCUGGUCUCCACCUGACCGUCAGCACCGCCAAGCUGGGGAAGACAGGGGCUGAGGCCUCUCCGUCCGCAGGGACCUUCCCGUCCGAGCACCCAGCAACCUCUCCACACGCAGGGGCCUCUGCAUUUGCAAGGACCACUCCUCACCCAGCAACCUCUCCACACGCAGGGGCCUCUGCAUUUGCAAGGACCACUCCUCACCCAGCAACCUCUCCACACGCAGGGGCCUCUGCAUUUCCAAGGACCACUCCUCACCCAGCAACCUCUCCACACGCAGGGGCCUCUGCAUUCGCAAGGACCACUCCUCACUCAGCAACCUCUCCACACGCAGGGACCACUCCUCACCCAGCAACCUCUCCUCCUGCAGGGAUCUCCCGCCCAACCACACAGCUGGACUCCACCUCAGCAAAGGACACCAGCUUGGUCCGCAGAAGCAGCACUGCCAAGUCUGGGACAUCCAUCCCCAUGACCCGCAUCUUGGCCCCCGUCCUGGUGCUGCUGGCCCUUCUGCUGGCCACAGGCCUGGCCGCCCUCGGCAGCUGGGUGCUGCAGCGGAGGAAGGAAGCUCAACUGACCGCAGAGACAGAGAGGAAGGAGAAGCUCCAGCUCUCCCACUCGCCGCUGGAGAGCAGCUGGGUCCCGGAGUACACCGCGAUCAACCCUGCAGGGCCCACUGGGCCUCCUGCCAGCCCCAACACGGAGAUCCGGUGCCUGAGCCAGGCUUCAGAGGAAGACGGAGCCUGUUUGCGGGACCCUGAGGGAGACGUGACCCCAGGCCCUCCUCUCCCCGUGUCCGGGGAGGGGCCAGGCCUUUCAGAAUUCAUCUCAGGGUAGCCGAAGAAGGUCGUCUGCCCACCGUGAAUCUGAAGGGUUGAAUUUGCACUAAUUCCGAUAAGCUUUCUGCUACAGCUUCACGGUUCACCUGCCAGCCUCCAGGCCUUUCCCCCACCUCCCCAAACUCUCCUCCUGCAGGUCCCCAGCCUGACCUGGGAGACCGUUAGCCCUGGAGCCUGGAGGGGUGGCCUCACAGUUCCGGCUGGAGGCUGGGACCGCCCAGAGAUGGUCACAGCCCUGGGCAGGGCACACAGCCACUGGACCCUUCCCGGGGCCAGGCAGGGCUCAGGGAAUCUGGUCUGAGUUUGCAUCUGCUAUGGGAACUCCCCCGGGCCGGGGUGCUUGGGAACAGUCCCCACCUCCCCACCUGGCCCCCAGACCCCCAUUUUCUCCCCCCUUCCUUCCAUCCUCAGACUCAGGGCUAAGUUCUACAUAAGCCAGUGGGGAGGAGGGAGUUUGCUGCAUUAGACCCGAUUCUGAUCUCUCGAAGCUGGGCUCUGAGCUACCUGCAUCCCAGUCCUUCAGGAAGCUGGGCUCCACGAGAACUACUAAAACCAGAGUCCCUCUUGUGGCUCCGUGGCUUAAGAUCCCCACAUAGUGUCCGUGAGGAUCGAUCCCUGGCCUCCCUUAAGGAUCCAGCUUUGCCACAAGCUGUGGCUUAGGUCGCAGAUACAGCUUUGAUCUGGGGUGGCUGUGGCUGUGGUGGAGGCCAGCAGCUGCAGUUUGCCCCCUAGCCGGGAAACUUCCAUAUGCCACAGGUGAGGCCCUAAAAAAGAAAAAAAGAAAAAAAAAAAAAAAAACCACUUACCAAAAUCAUCUCUGAGGCUGGGCCCAAGACUCUGCAUUUCUAACAAGUGCCCCGGCGAUCCUGACCCUAACACUGGAAUUCGAGCACCAGAGGGUCUGUCGAGCAUCCAGGUCUCUCCAGCUUAGAGAGUUUGGUGUGUGGCGUCUCCCUGGGGCCCCCGGUAGGGCCUGCUCUGCCCAUGACACAGGGACCCAGCUGGGGCCUUUCCUUGGCCUGAGUCCAGGCCCAGGUCAAGUGCACUUUGGAAGGGGUGAGCCAGGACUGGCAGGGAGCAGGUUGUCUUUCUUUUUUUUUUUUAAUUAAGAUUUUUAUUUUUUUUUUUUCUUUUGUGGUUGAUUUACAAUGUUCUGUCAAUUUCUGCUGUACAGCAAAGUGACCAAGUCACAUAUAUAUAUUCUCACAUUAUCUUCCAUCAUGUUCCAUCACAAGUGACCAGAUACGGUUCCCUGUGCUCUACAGCAGGAUGGGUUGCCUUUCUGAUCUCCCUACCAGCCAUGCAUUCCAGGCUUUGUGUUUCCUUUUGUUUUCUCACUGCACCCAUGGCCUGUGGAAGUUCCCAGGCCUGGGAUCAAACCCAUGCCACAGCAGUGACCUGAGCUGCAGUAGGGACAAUGUCAGACCCUUAAUCCUCUGCGCCACAAGAAAACUCCGCAUUCCAGGCUUUGGAAGGAGGAUGGGGAAAACCUUGGCUCCUUCCUUGUCAAGAAAGGGUUGAUUGCCUGUGGGUUGUGGCAGUGGGGAGGGGGUGCGAAAACACAGGGUGCAGAUAGAGGUGGGUGUCUAAAAGGGAGGUGGGAGGGGACAGGGCAGGACCCUCAGGGGAACCUGCAGGUGACCCAGAGUUUGGUCCCCUGGAGCGGGGGUGGGAGAGGUAGAAUAACAAUAGAACUUCUGUGGGGUUUUUUUUUUUGUUUUUUUUUUCUUUUUCUGUUGUUUUUGAAAAAUACACUAGGGGCUGCUCAGUAUACAAAACCUAGAAAGAUGGGGGGAUAAAAAGAGAAAACAGAUACCCUCUAGUCUCACCACUACCCAGAGACAAUGGUUACUGCAUUUUGUUGUAUUUCUUUCCAGUCUCUUUGUCUCCACAUCACUUGCUGAUGUUCUUUUCCGACUUUUUUGUACCUACAACUUAUACAUCUUCCUUUUCCUACUUAAUUUCUCUAUCUUUAGCAUUUAUGCUUUUAUGUAAUGUUUUUAUAAACCUCUUGUAAAUUAAAUGUUUAUCAGCUGCAUAAUA